AUGGUUCUCGAACCAUACUUCAUCGGCCCGCAGGAAAUCAAUUACCGGACUCUGGUCAUCGGUGGUGAGCUCGGGGAUGGAAAUGGCAGCGACUACGGUGUGUAUCGCGGUGACUCUGCCAUUUGUCCUGCUGCACUACAUGCGGGACUCAUUAGUGAUGCCAAAGGCGGCUGUGGGGUCCUCCGUCGGACGGGUGAACAGUCCAAUUUUCUAUCUGUAGAGAGGAACGGUAUCUCAAGCAUUGCAUUUCCUUCCAGUUUUCCCUUGUCCUUCACUUUUGAUGGGAAUAGGUCCACAGAAGACGGGGGUCUUGACUGCCAGGACAUCCGUUGGUCGCUGUUCGCCUUCUCCGUGGUAGUCUCCGCAUUGCUCUCCCUUUUCAUCACAUCGCCAGCGGCAUUCUACGCUUCGAUGUUCUUCAUCGUCUACUUCCAAGUCGCGCUUUCGUCCGAUCCACCUUAUUCUCCGAACUACUACGAGCUCAUCUCCAUUGCCCUAGGCAGAUUCCUCCCUUGCGCUUUUGUCGGCUUCGCCUUGUACUAUUUCUGCGUCAGGCACACCCUAAAAGAUCUAGACGCCCACUGGGACAAGACCAUCCUCUGGCUGGGGCCUUGCUGGGUUGGCGCCCUCAACACCGACACCUUCGACAAGAUCCCCAUAUCCCGCCUCACGCCCCACGAUAUCCAGCAGCAGCCCGGCGCCGUACCAGCCCUAAUCAUCAUCGUCGCCCUCCUAUGCGGUAUCGUCAUUACGCAGGCCAUCGCCUUUCGCAACGAAGGCCGUCUGCCCAAGAUGCUCGCAAUCUACGGCGUCCUGACCGCCGCCGUUCUCGGGCUCCUAGUUGUGCCGCACAUGAACCUCCGCAUCCACCACUACAUCCUCAGCUUGCUCUUUCUCCCCGGGACGACCUUGCAGACGCGGCCAAGUCUGUUGUAUUCUGGACUCCUGGUGGGAUUGUUCAUCAACGGAAUUGCCCGCUGGGGGUUCGAUAGUAUUCUCCAGACGCCUGCCGCGCUGCUCGACGGUGCGCAGCUGGGAAGUGCGCUUCCGCAGAUCUCCGCACCUCUGGUUGUAUCUGCGCAGGAGAUCGUCUUCACUUUCCUGAAGAAUCUGACUAACCAGGCGGAUGGGAUUAGUGUACUUGUCAAUGACGUGGAGAGGUUCCAUGCUUUCCGGUCAGGGGAUGGGUCAGUAGAAUCGUUCAAUUGGACGAGACGCAGGGCGGAGGAACCUGAAUAUUUCCGUUUCGGGUAUAUGAAAAUGAAUGCGCUAGGUGGAGUUUGGUACGAAGAUUUUACGAAGCCGGUUGUCUGGGACGUUGAUGGGAGUUGGAAUCGCUCGACCCCGACUUAG